ACCAGGCUGCUGCUGCGCAUGUGCAGUAUGCUGCAGAAGGACAACUCCAAUGCGACCGGAGAGAUAAGACCGGAGCAGACUGCACGGAAAGUGUGCUCACUGACGAAGUUUGGUAUCAACGAAAAGUUCUUCUUCUUUUCUAGUUGUUCACAUGACACGUGGGGAUAAGAAGUGCGUGGUAACACAGUAGAUUUGGACAAGACCUGAAACAAGUAGCCUCGUUAAAAAAAGCGAGCGCGUCUGCUUGCGAAACACUUGUGGCUUUUUGGCGUGCAAUUGGGAAGCGGUGUGUAUACCAACAACCCAUGGAGCAGGAAACCUUGGAAACCUUGGAGAUUAUUGAGAGAGGAGAGAGGUCUGUCAGCAGGGGGACUGAGGCCACGCCCCCAUAUGGCUAUCAGCUAGACCUGGACUUCCUGAAGUAUGUGGACGACAUACAGCGUGGCAACACCAUCAAGAGGCUGAACAUCCAGCGGAAAUCCAGGCCUGUCCGGCCAACGGCGGAGCCCGUGCCCAGGGGAGGUUGCUCUGGUGGGGGCAGUGGGUACAGUGGGCAGGGCCAGGCUGAAUGGACCUCCACAGGCUCCCUACCCUCCUCCAGUGAAGAGGCACAGCAGAGUCCCCUCUUCUACCCCUCCCCCCAGCCUCACCCUCCACCCAACCUGAUUUACCAUGCCCAUGCCCCUCUCCCUUCCUGUGAGCCUCCCCCUCCCCUUCCUCCCCUACCCCCCGAGGGCUACCUGAGCGUCCCCGCCGAAGCCCCUCAACGGCCCCUUCUCCCGCCCCCCUCUCUGUGGGAACCUCCCCUCCUCAACCCCCAGGUUGAGAAGACCCUGAUGGAGACGAGGAGGAGGUUAGAACAGGAGCGCCACCUCAUGCAGCCCCCCUCCCCCUCAGAACCCCCUGGCCCUGCUCCUCGCCACCGCCUGGCCUCCUUCGGAGGGAUGGGGGGGUCCAGCACCUCCCUGUUCUCCCCCCUGCUUCCCAACGGGGGUGGAGGUAGUGGAGAGUACAACCCCUACUACACUUCCAUAGGUUCCUCUAUGCACCACAGCCCCAUGUCCUCGGGCAUGACCACGCCGGCCACCAACGUGUCUCCGCUCCACCUGCAGCACAUCCGGGAGCAGAUGGUGGUGGCCCUGCGGAGGCUGAAGGAGCUAGAGGAGAAGGUGAAGACCAUACCUGUCCUGCAGGUGAAGAUAGCCGUGCUGCAGGAGGAGAAGAGACAGAUGACCUGUCAGAAGAACCAGAGGCUGGGGGUGGGGGGCAUAGUGGGGGGAGGGUUCAGGAAGAGGUCCUAUAGCGUGGGCAGUGCUGACCAGUUGGCCGACCAGCUGGAUCCCCAGACACAUACCCUACAGACCCAGGAGCUGCACAUCAUGGAGCCAGAGGGCCAGGAGUGUCAGGGCCAUAGUCAGAGUACCAAGGGGAUGGAGGAGUUCAGGAGGCUGGCUGCAGAGGUCCAAGCCCUGGGGGCAAACAGCCAGGAUCAAGGGUCUCACCAGGCCAGGCAGACCCAGACCUCCCUCCCUUUCACCCACAAUAACAACAACCAGGUCACCUCCACGGCGGUCGGCCCAGAUGAGAACAUGAACGACGCCACUGUGGUCGCCCAGAGGAAGUCGCCGGUGAUGACGAUGGUACAACAACGACGCUUCUACUGUGACGUCGGAAUGGCGACGGAGCAGCGUGAGACUCGCAGUGCUGGGACGGGCGUGACGGAAGCCAUGUUGGGCGUGACCAGCGAGGUGGAGGCAGAGCUAGACUUGCAGCAGCAGACCAUCGAGGCCCUGAAGGAGAAGAUCUACCGGCUAGAGGUGGACCUGAGAGAGACCACCCACCUGAUGGAGAUGUCCAAGCUGAAGCUAGAGCUGCAGGCCGCUGGGGGAGCCAAUAAGAAGAGGGCUGAUAAAGGCUGCCAGGUGCGGCCAGACACUUACAGCAUGGCCUGCCAGGCGCGGCCAGACACCCAGAGCACUGGCUCAGAGACCUGGAGAGUCCAGACACACAGCCAGGGAGUGGGGAACCAUCUAGAGACCAGCCAUGCCUCCACAGGGGAGACCCUCCACACUGUAGGGGUAGGGGUGUCCUGUCAACCCAGCCUGAGACACACUGCUUCAGGUCCUGACCUGCCCAUGGAGAGGUGGCUGGUGCAGGAGAGGGUAGAGGUGCAGGACCAGUGUGUGGGGAGGCAGUUGGAGGUGUGUGACCAGGGGGUGGGGGUGGAGGUGGGGCUGUGUGACCAGGGAGUGAACACUGAUGAGGAAGUAGGCAGUCUAGAGCUGUGUCAGGCCCAGGAGACCGAGGCCGGGGAGAGGGAGAGCAGGUCGGUGGGCGUUGGGGAGUGUUCUAGAGACGUCACCAUCUCUCCCAUCAGACAGCUGGUUACCACGGGGACUAACCCUGUCCUGGGCACCACCACGGACUCUGCUGUCAUGGUAACCCCAGACACAGCCUCCCAACACACCAGCACCCUACUGGAGACCGCUAGCCAACACACCAACACAGAGACAGUGGUGCUAGCUGACGGCUGUACCAACACCCCCCUGCUCCACACAGCUGAGAAACACACCAGCACGCUAACCAAUCACACAAGGACUGUCGCUGUGGGCGAGGGGCUGAUCAAAGACCCACAGACCAAAACCAGGUCUGUUGCCGUGGGCAACACAGCGAAGCGCGACGGCGGUACGGAGGAGGCAUGGUCGGCCCAGACCAAAGAGGUGGGCGUCGGCCUGGUCGGCAUCCAUACUAACUUCCUAGUCGGCCUUAAGACCCGGAACAUUGCAUGUGGCCCCUCCCACCUGGACGGAACCGCUGUUACCCAGGAGACCAUUGCAGUGACGACUGUUGUACCACCUCAGGCCCAGGCCAUACCACCGCCCCAGCAGGUGGAGGGGGGGGCAGGACUAGACCACUACAUAGAGAGGCUUCAGAAGCUACUUCAGGAACAACAGAUGCUGUUGACUGAGAACUACAGUGAGCUAGCGGAUGCUUUCGGACAGCCCUGCUCUUCUCAGUUCACCCACUUUGGUUCUAUCAACAGCCAGCUGGUCAACACUCUGACUUCUAUCAGCUCUGUCAUGAAGUAUGGCAGUGCUGAGGAUCUGAGAACACAGCGAGAUAGCAGCAGCACCACUACAGAUCGGGGUCAGCUGCAGGUGUCCAGUGAAGUCAUGCAGAGUUCAGAGGUUAGCCAGACGGAGGUAGUGUCACAUGACCCCAGGUCCCCGCCCAGCCCGGCCACGCUGAAGCACCGCAUGGACCAGCAGAUGUCCAGCGCCUUGAACGGUCGUAAGAGCGCUCUGAAGUCCAUCAUGAAGAAGAAAGAUGGCCGCCAGGGUUCUUUGGGAACCAAAAAGAACCUACAGUUUGUAGGAGUCAAUGGAGGGUACGAGACAACGUCGAGUGAUGAAUCAGAGGACAGCAGCUCCUCUGAUACAGAAGAGGAGGAGGAGGAAGAAGAGGAGGUGGAGGGGAAUGUGUUCGGAGGAGGAGAGGAAGCUGAAGAGAGGAACACAGAGGAAUUCCAGAACGAGGGAGCAGUGGAAGUGGGAACGAGUGAAGAGGAGGGAGGAGGAGACAAGCUAGAGAUGAGAGAGAGGUUUGAGUUGAGUGAGAAGAUGUUGGCUGCCUGUAACGUGUUGAAGAACCACCUGAAUGAUGGCAAGGCCUUAACCAGUAAAGAUGUGAGAGCCUGUGUGAACACAGUUCAGAGCGAGUGGUUCUGGGUGUCCAGUCAGAAGACGGUGGUGCCCGGCAUAGUGGAGGACUAUUUGACAGCGUUCCGGGACAUCUCGCCGGCCAUGCUGCGUCACAUUGUCAACAUGGCGGAUGGUAACGGGAACACAGCGCUCCACUACAGCGUGUCACACUCCAACUUCCACAUCGUCAAGACGCUGCUCAACGCAAAUGUGUGUAACGUGAACCAGCAGAAUAAGGCUGGCUAUACUCCCAUCAUGCUGUCUGUGCUGGCGGCUGUGGAGGCUCCUAAAGACAUGGCCAUCGUAGAGUACCUCUUCAGCAAGGGAGACGUCAACGCUAAGGCCAGCCAGGCUGGCCAGACAGGGCUGAUGCUGGCGGUCAGUCAUGGCAGGAUGGACAUGGUUCGGGCGCUGCUGGCCCAGGGGGCAGAGGUCAAUAUCCAGGAUGAUGAGGGUUCUACAGCCCUGAUGUGUGCCAGCGAACAUGGCCACGCUGAGAUAGUCAAACUACUGCUGGCCCAGCCAGGCUGCGACGCCACUCUCAGCGACAGUGAUGAGAGCAAUGCCCUGUCUAUCGCUCUGGAAGCGGGUCACAAGGACAUAGCAGUGUUGUUGUAUGCCCACGUAAACUUCUCUAAGGCCCAGUCACCGGGAACCCCUCGUCUGAGCAGGAAGAUGUCCCCCAGUCCCACCAGGAGGGGCAUGUUUGACUAGCGCCACUGCCCAUUGGUCAAGUCUCAUGACACCAACCAACCGCUGAGGAUUUCAACCUCCAGGGACAGACUUUGGCCCCACCCCCUGACAACCUGAUUGGACCAUGUGGGAUUAUUGACAAUGCAGUUCAACCAGAAAGGUUCCCUGGGUUUAUUGACCAUGCGGUCCAACCAGAAAGGUUCCCUAGGUUUAUUGCCCAUGUGGUCCAACCAGAAAGGUUCCCUGGGUUUAUUGACCAUGCGGUCCAACCAGAAAGGUUCCCUGGGUCUAUUGACCAUGUGGUCCAACCAGAAAGGUUCCUGGGUUUAUUGACCAUGCAGUUCAACCAGAAAGGUUCCCUGGGUUUAUUGACCAUGCGGUCCAACCAGAAAGGUUCCCUGGGUUUAUUGACCAUGUGGUCCAACCAGAAAGGUUCCUGGGUUUAUUGACCAUGUGGUCCAACCAGAAGGGUUCCCUGGGUUUAUUGACCAUGUGGUCCAACCAGAAAGGUUCCUGGGUUUAUUGACCAUAUGGUACAACCAGAAAGGUUCCUUGGGUUUAUUGACCAUGAUGAAAGAUGAAACAUAUUGGUCAGUCUUGUAGUAAGAUGAGCUGGUAUUGGUCAGUAUUGUAGUAAGAUGAGCUGGUAUUGGUCAGCCUUGUAAUAAGAUGAGCUGUUAUUGGUCAGUCUUGUAGUAAGAUGAGCUGGUAUUGGUCAGUCUUGUAAUAAGAUGAGCUGUUAUUGGUCAGUCUUGUAGUAAAAUGAGCUGGUAUUGGUCAGUCUUGUAGUAAGAUGAGCUGGUAUUGGUCAGUCUUGUAAUAAGAUGAGUUGGUAUUGGUCAGUCUUCUACAUGAACAUCCCAAAGUGCCCUUGUUAAACCACCACCAGCAUUCUGUCUGCUCUGAGUGGAUAGAGAGAAGGAGGAGAGCGAGAAGGGGAGGAGAGAAGGAGAGGAGGAGGAGGGAGAGAGAGAGGAGGAGGAGGGAGAUGAGAAAGAGAAGGAGGGAGGGAGAGAGAGAGAGAGGAGGAAGAGGAGGAGGGAAAGAAGGAGUGGGAGAGGAGAGAGUGUGAAGGAGGAGGAGAGAGAGAAGGAGAAGAGAGGCCAUACUACUUGAGGAGCUGAACUUCAUAAGAACCCAGAAACACAAAUACUGUAUUCUAGAUAUGGGCUGCAAUAGACAAGCGUCCUGUCCAGGCAGUGAAUGUGUACAUCAAAAGCUGCCUCACAAGAGAGAGAGAGAGAGAGGUUCAGAUAAGGAUACUUCCUUAUCCAGACUAUAGACCUUUUCAACUGUCAAAAUAAUAACACGUUCUGUACGCGCAACCAAGAGGUUCCCCAGGAAACAUCCGGUGCUGCGGUACCCCAUAAUUGCUAACUAGCUAGGUAGUUGGCUAGCUAGCACAAAAUGACAAGUUCGCAUUUCUUGAUCCACCAAAAAACUGAAAAAACAACUUAUUGAGCUAUUGACUUGCUACCAGAUCCACUAAACACAAGCAUGAGACAAUGUUUAUAUCUAAUUUAUUAUCCGUUUGCUCUGGUGGUGUUGCAUUAGGCUAGCACAGUAAAUAACCACAGAGCUAGCGUGAUGUGAGGUUAGAGAAAGAUCAGUUGACCUUGUUAGCCAGCCAGAGCUAGUGUGAUGUGAGGGUAGAGAAAGAUCAGUUGACCUUGUUAGCCAGCCAGAGCUAGUGUGAUGUGAGGGUAGAGAAAGAUCAGUUGACCUUGUUAGCCAGCCAGAGCUAGCGUGAUGUGAGGGUAGAGAACGAUCAGUUGACCUUGUUAGCCAGCCAGAGCUAGCGUGAUGUGAGGGUAGAGAAAGAUCAGUUGACCUUGUUAGCCAGCCAGAGCUAGCGUGAUGUGAGGGUAGAGAAAGAUCAGCUGACCUUGUUAGCCAGCUGGAUUCAUUUCUCUCACAACAGCCAACAAUAUAACUAAACUAAAUGUAGUUAGUAUCCAAUGUUUGACGGACUCAUUGUUUACAACAAAGUUAGCUAGCAGUUUAAAAAUGACCCCACUAUCAACCCCCCCCCCCCCUCACUAAUCUGUCACUCAGCUCGUUGACUUUUCCUCCAAAACACAUCUAUAUUUUACCCAGGUCUUUUGCCCACUUAGUUUCAAUUAAGAAAUAUAGUGUAGUUUAAAUGAACCGCUAGCUUGUGCUAUUCAUAUAUUAUCAACCUCACGUUACGAGACAUAGCUAGUGGUUUGGUUACAGUAAAGCUAGACUAUACAAAUGCUAGUGCUGACACCUUGUGGUGAUAAUGUUGAACUGCAUAUUAAUUACACCAGGAUGGUAUAUAACAUGAAGCGAACUCAUUUCAAAAUAAUUUCAAGCAACAUAUUUAGCAACGUCUUUUUAGAUUAAAUCAAAUUAACCUUAAAAUAUUCCUUUCUGCACACCUUGAUAGUGAUAUGUGAUAAUGUCUCCCCUGAGCAUGUUAACCUCAAGGCCACCUUCAUAAUGUCUCUCCUGAGCAUGUUAACCUCAAGGCCACCUUCAUAAUGUCUCUCCCCUGAGCAUGUUAACCUCAAGGCCCACCUUCAUAAUGUCUCUCCCCUGAGCAUGUUAACCUCAAGGCCCACCUUCAUAAUGUCUCUCCCCUGAGCAUGUUAACCUCAAGGCCCACCUUCAUAAUGUCUCUCCCCUGAGCCUGUUAACCUCAAGGCCACCUUCAUAAUGUCUCUCCUGAGCAUGUUAACCUCAACAUGGUUAACCUCAAGGCCACCUUCAUAAUGUCUCUCCCCUGAGCCUGUUAACCUCAAGGCCACCUUCAUAAUGUCUCUCCUCUGAGCCUGUUAACCUCAACAUGGUUAUCCUCAUUAUGAGUCUAAUCUGGUCUCCUUCAACAUGGUUAUCCUCAUUAUGAGUCUAAUCUGGUCUCCUUCAACAUGGUUAUCCUCAUUAUGAGUCUAAUCUGGUCUCCUUCAACAUGGUUAUCCUCAUUAUGAGUCUAAUCUGGUCUCCUUCAACAUGGUUAUCCUCAUUAUGAGUCUAAUCUGGUCUCCUUCAACGUGGUUAUCCUCAUUAUGAGUCUAAUCUGGUCUCCUUCAACAUAGUUAUCCUCGUUAUGUGGGUAGUGGGACUAGACAUCCAUCUUACUCCAACACAAGAGAUGAUUGAUUAGUUAAAUGAAUCGUGUCUAAUAGAUAUAAUCAGCAAGGGCUGGAACAGAAACCUGCUCAGCCAGUAGAUAGGUCUCUAGCAGCAAGGUUGGCCAUGCAUGUUCUAUAUCUAUGUAUUGUUACUCUAACAGUGUUGUUGUAAUCCUACAACCAAUUCUAACUGUAAACCAAUAGCAUAUCACCCAUAUAGCCUUUAGUCUCUUCAGGGACUUUCAUUGGGAUUUAGCAGCUUCCACACGUCUCUGUAUCUGAAAUUAAGAAACAUAGACGUUAGACCAGGACUUUGCUUCAUUAGAAACAUAGAAAUUACACCAGGACUUGCUUCAUUAUUCUCAAGUGAUAUAACGUUUGAUAUUAAAUUGUCUAUUGUCGUAGUUUUCUCUUCGGGACUGGAAAUAUGUUCAAUUAGCUAGUUAGCUAAGCUACUAGCUAGGUAGCUAACUUGUUGUUUUAAGCAUAUCAAGCUACCGUUUGUGUCAUUAAAAAAACUAAUAUUGGAUGGCUGUGUAUCCUAUUUAUAUGUAGCUACCUAGCUACCUGACAUGAACUAGAAUAAAUGGUUAACUUGAUAAACAGCUUGCCCGUGUGCUACACAUCAUCCUGGCGCCGCCACCGCCUGCUGCUGCUGCUAACCAUACCAUCCAUGCAGGCAAUGCAGCUCGCUGCGAUGCUUCUUUGGGAAAUCUAGCUAUAACGUUAAACGUACAUUUUCCCAGGAUGUAAGGACCAUCCCACCGAUGACUACUAUGGUCAAAAAUGCUAAUUCUGACCUCGAGAAAACACCUACACUAAGUUAACUAGCUAGCUGUUUACAGCCGCCACGGAACAGCUUUUAAUUUUUUUUUACAAACUCACCGGAAGUUCUUUGGGGUUCCACGGUUCACUUGCGCUCCUCUUAAAAAGGUCUAUAGGUUCCAGCAGUAUACAGACACGAUAAGACUAGAUACAGUCUGUUGAUAUUCAUGCUCCUGAGCAGAUUAACAUACAGCUCAUAGUUGUGAUGAAGGCUAAAGAGCAUAAGGACAUGUUGUUAUUAUUAUUAAUCAUCACCAUAUUGUUUAUCAUCAUCAUCAUCAGUUGGUAUAUUAGAUUCUAUGUCACCCACAAUACCGCCUUUCAUUUAGACUAAAUGUUUGUACAUAUUAUAUCAUAUUAUAUUGUCAUAUUGUUUUCUUCACCUGCCUGCCGCCUUUAAUGGGCCUGUAUGUGUACACCACACCUUUAAUGGGCCUGUAUGUGUACUCUACCACCUUUUAAUGGGCCUGUAUGUGUACUCUACCACCUUUAAUGGGCCUGUAUGUGUACACCACACCUUUAAUGGGCCUGUAUGUGUACUCUACCACCUUUAAUGGGCCUGUAUGUGUACUCUACCACCUUUUAAUGGGCCUGUAUGUAUACUCUACCACCUUUUAAUGGGCCUGUAUGUGUACUCUACCACCUUUAAUGGGCCUGUAUGUGUACACCACACCUUUAAUGGGCCUGUAUGUGUACUCUACCACCUUUAAUGGGCCUGUAUGUGUACUCUACCACCUUUAAUGGGCCUGUAUGUAUACUCUACCACCUUUAAUGGGCCUGUAUGUGUACACCACACCUUUAAUGGGCCUGUAUGUGUACACCACACCUUUAAUGGGCCUGUAUGUGUACUCUAGCACCUUUUUAAUGGGCUUGUAUGUGUACACCGCCACCUUUAAUGGGCCUGUAUGUGUACUCUACCACCUUUUAAUGGGCCUGUAUGUGUACUCUACCACACCUUUAAUGGGCCUGUAUGUGUACACCACACCUUUAAUGGGCCUGUAUGUGUACUCUACCACCUUUAAUGGGCCUGUAUGUGUACUCUACCACCUUUUAAUGGGCCUGUAUGUGUACACCACACCUUUAAUGGGCCUGUAUGUGUACUCUACCACCUUUUAAUGGGCCUGUAUGUGUACACCACACCUUUAAUGGGCCUGUAUGUGUACACCACACCUUUAAUGGGCCUGUAUGUGUACUCUACCACCUUUAAUGGGCCUGUAUGUGUACUCUACCACCUUUAAUGGGCCUGUAUGUGUACUCUACCACCUUUAAUGGGCCUGUAUGUGUACACCACACCUUUAAUGGGCCUGUAUGUGUACUCUACCACCUUUAAUGGGCCUGUAUGUGUACUCUACCACCUUUUAAUGGGCCUGUAUGUACACACACCGCCACCUUUAAUGGGCCUGUAUGUGUACACCACACUUUUAAUGGGCCUGUAUGUGUACUCUACCACCUUUAAUGGGCCUGUAUGUGUACUCUACCACCUGUUAAUGGGCCUGUAUGUACACACACCGCCACCUUUAAUGGGCCUGUAUGUGUACACCACACUUUUAAUGGGCCUGUAUGUGUACUCUACCACCUUUAAUGGGCCUGUAUGUGUACUCUACCACCUGUUAAUGGGCCUGUAUGUACACACACCGCCACCUUUAAUGGGCCUGUAUGUGUACACCACACCUUUAAUGGGCCUGUAUGUGUACUCUACCACCUUUAAUGGGCCUGUAUGUGUACUCUACCACCUUUAAUGGGCCUGUAUGUGUACACCACACCUUUAAUGGGCCUGUAUGUGUACUCUACCACCUUUAAUGGGCCUGUAUGUGUACACCACACCUUUAAUGGGCCUGUAUGUGUACUCUACCACCUUUUAAUGGGCCUGUAUGUGUACUCUACCACCUUUAAUGGGCCUGUAUGUGUACUCUACCACCUUUAAUGUGCCUGUAUGUGUACACCACACCUUUAAUGGGCCUGUAGGUGUACUCUACCACCUUUAAUGGGCCUGUAUGUGUACUCUACCACCUUUAAUGGGCCUGUAUGUGUACUCGACCACCUUUUAAUGGGCCUGUAUGUGUACUCUACCACCUUUUAAUGGGCCUGUAUGUACACACACCGCCACCUUUAAUGGGCCUGUAUGUACAUCGCCACCUUUAAUGGGCCUGUAUGUGUUCUCUACCACCAUUAAUGGGCCUGUAUGUGUACUCUACCACCUUUAAUGGGCCUGUAUGUGUUCUCUACCACCUUUAAUGGGCCUGUAUGUGUACUCUACCACCUUUAAUGGACCUGUGUGUGUACUCUACCACCUUUAAUGGGCCUGCGUGUGUACUCUACCACCUUUAAUGGGCCUGCAUGUGUACACUACACCUUUAAUGGGCCUGUAUGUGUACACCACACCUUUAAUGGGCCUGUAUGUGUACUCUACCACCUUUAAUGGGCCUGUAUGUGUACUCUACCACCUUUAAUGGGCCUGUAUGUACGCCGCCACCUUUAAUGGGCCUGUAUGUACACCGCCACCUUUAAUGGGCCUGUAUGUACACCGCCACCUUUAAUGGGCCUGUGUGUGUACUCUACCACCUUUAAUGGGCCUGUGUGUGUACUCUACCACAUUUUAAUGGGCCUGUAUGUGUACACCACACCUUUAAUGGGUCUGUAUGUGUACUCUACCACCUUUAAUGGGCCUGUAUGUGUUCUCUACCACCUUUUAAUGGGCCUGUGUGUGUACUCUACCACAUUUUAAUGGGCCUGUAUGUGUACACCACACCUUUAAUGGGUCUGUAUGUGUACUCUACCACCUUUAAUGGGCCUGUAUGUGUUCUCUACCACCUUUAAUGGGCCUGUAUGUGUUCUUUACCACCUUUAAUGGGCCUGUAUGUGUACUCUACCACCUUUAAUGGGCCUGUAUCUGUACACAGCACCUUCUCAAAUGGAUAAUUGUAACUCAAUCUUCUAUGGAUUGGAUAUAAAUUCUACUUUUAUACAAAUCUAUUUAAUUUGUAUGUAUUUAAAAAUCACAAUAUUUUGAAUAUUUCCUAUUACUUCUUAACGUUACAUGAAGAUAUAUAUUUAUCGAGGUAUAGUUUUUAAUGCAAAUAUCAUUGUUGUUCCUUGUAUGUACUGUAAAGUGUUGGAGCUGGUAAGUGUAUUGUUGUAGUAAAACAUUGAGAAGGAGAGGAGGUACUUUGAUCUGGUUGAAGUUUAAAGGAACGUAUUGCCAUAUAACAAUAAACUUAAUUCAAAUAAC